AUGGUCUAUGGCUGCCCACUCCGCCUUCCCGGAGCAUUCUUCACCCCCUCGACCCCGCUCGUGCACGACCCUUCCUCAUAUAUCGACCGUCUCCGCCAGCUCUUCCAGGACCUCAAGCCCACGCCUCCUCGCUCCGGUCCCGCAACACGCGUGGUCGUGAGCCCCGCCCUUAAUCAAGCCACCCACGUCUUCGUCUGCCGAGACUCUGUGUGCUCCAGCUUGCAGCCUGCCUAUGACGACUCCUACAAGGUCAUCUCGCGAGCCGGGAAGUUCUUCCGCCUGGAUCUUCCGCGGGGACCUGACACUGUGGCCAUAGACAGUCUCAAGCCCGCAUUCCUGGAGUCGGCACCUCUGCCUUUCUCCCCCUCCACGUCGAGUGCAUUGGGCUCCGCUGCUCGCACACCACGAGCCGCCCGCCGCCUCGGGUCCGCCUCCUGCCCCCCUUGGCUCCGGCGCCCGACCUUCCCGCUACCCUCGGCCCUCCUCGCCAGCUUUGUCAUCUGCCACUGGGGGGAGCCCUGUGGCAGCAGCGUCAUCAUCAUCGCCAGCGCCGCCAUCGGUUACGCGCAGCACUGCGCGUGA